UUGCUCCUGUUUACUAUAAAUCGCUGCGGAAAGUCUUGCUGAGUUAGAUGGUGGUGUAUUCAAUGUAGAUCUCGUUGAAAUUGUUCAACGUGCAUUCAAUUCAGGAUAUAAAUCAAUGAGCUACCAUUUGAAGUCAAGUGAUUGUUCUACUUUGCUUGUGAAGAAGCAUUAUUGCAAUUAAAAUAAUAUUUUCGAUUUCCAGUAAAAAGUGGUUGAAAAUAAGUUUCAGAAUAACUGUAGUGCGUCUGCGCAGAAAAAAAUGAAAAGUUUCCAGUAGCGAAGAGAAAAUUAUCUUGGGGAGAGUUGUGUGUAGCUAAUGCAAAAGGAUAAUUUGAUACGGAUUCAAUCGAUCAUUCGUAAAGAGCACGGGAGAGAACUUUUUUGGAGAUGGCAGCAUUGCAAAAAAGGAACGAUACGUAGGAGUUCGUGAAGCACAUAAAAAUCAACCUUAUUGAACGAGGGCAUGGCGGUUGUUUUCAGCAGUGCAAAUUUGUGAUUGGAGGCAGGUUUUAAACUGCAUAAAUAAUAAUUGCACGGUGUAGUGAAUGUCGUAUAAUUUGGACUCAAUCAAUGUAGAAGGGGGCUCAGGCAAGUGCCCCCAAAAUUGACUAUUUGAGGCAUGCCGUAAUGGCAAGGGAGGAGUCUCGAGGAAAGAGGCCUCUUAAAGUCUGGGAUAGUUGGCGCAACGUUCGAAAAGGACUUGUAGUAGGAAGCUUCGAGGAAUUAAUUGUUAGAGGCAAGGAUAAACUAGGAGUACCAGCAUCUGAGCCGGUACGUUUGGUAUUAGAAUGCGAUGGAACGCAGGUGGAAGAUGGCGAGUAUUUUCGAACUCUAGCCAACAACACAGUGCUUUUACUACUACGGCACGGGGAACGCUGGUACCCGACAGGUGUUGACGUUAUUAAAGCUGCCAUAUCAGCGAUACCAAAAAUCGUCUGCGAAACCAUACAUGCCUUGGAGUUGCAGGAUGAAACACCAUCUUGGAAAAUUAUGGAUAACAAGGGACGAGUUACUGUUGUGUUACAUUGGGAUCAACGACAAAGUGGUCAAGCAGGAGGGCAAGGCAGCAUUAGUGGUCUCGGCGGGUGCAGUGGAAGUAGCAGUGUACUAAGUAACGGCCCAACUUCUGAAAAAUAUUCUCCAUCGAAAAAAAGUUUAUCUACUCAAAACUCCAUAGAUAAGGCUUCUGUUUCUAGUCAGCAACGAUAUCCUAGUCCCCAGAUAACGGUGAUCAAUCAUGACGAUCCACAAUCUGCCAUAUAUCAUUCGGCCAGGCGUCUGUCGAAACAGGGCGGAUCUUUCGAUAGUGCCGUGGGCGCUGUACAUAUUCAUACUCUCGAAUGUGCUCAUCAUGCUCACACACCUACAAGAGCGGGUAGUCCUGGUGCUACUGAGUGCGACUUUCAUUGUUGUGCUCUGCACGAGGAAGGAAGAAAAAUUGCAGUCCAUAAGAAUGUUGCUACAUCACCGAUUCAGGACGGCUCAGUCAGUCCGCAGCCCCCUCCGAGUAGCUUGUCGGAUAGCCGCAGGACUUCUACCACAAAAGGACAUGUCCGAUUUCUCGACAUUGGACCCGAGCGAGACAGCUCCGAAAGUGAAACAGAAAAUACAGUUAUGGACGAUGAAACAGUCACAUCUGAAAAAUUUUUGCUACUGAUCGACCAACUGUCGGUCGAUCAGAAACGGCAUCUUAGUAUUAAAGAUAUCGGAAUUAUUCUAGAACGGCUAAGUUCCAAAAUUCUAGACGUAGAAAGAUUGGAUCGUGAAAGCGAAUCCGAUGAUUGUUAUAAUUGGACGAUAAAAGCAACGAUUCGUGGAGAUGCGUUACGAGAAUUAGGUGUUAUAUAUAACGGUAAUUACUAUGCAAUAUCGGAACAUCCUGGAUACAAGGAGGAAAACGAAGAAAACACAGAAGAUGUAGAAGAUGAAGAUGAAGAUCGUUUAUAAAUAGUUUGAAAAUAGGAUAUUUUGUGAAUGUAAAAGGACUAGUUUUAUUCCAAGAAAAGGGUACUUCGACAAAGCACAAAAAGUGUAUGUACGAGCGGUGUGCGUAUCUGAAAACAAAAACAAAAAACAGAAAAAAUAAAGAUUGUUAGGGCAAGUAAUGCCACAAUCAGUGCCAUAUUGAUUCAAUCAACUAAAUGAGAUGGAAAUAGGAUCGGAGAUCGAAUGAUACUCUUGAAUAACACAGAUGCUGCCAAACACAAAAAUAAAAAAAAAAUAUAUUGAAAGUAACCAAAUUAAUUUCUGAAAGUUAUCUAUGAUUGACAUCAAAGUAUAUAAAACUUUAAAAAAGAAACGCACAUCAUUGUAAUCAUUACAUAAAAUGAAGCAAUUAAUAAAACUCAAUCUAACGCAAUUGAUAAUGAGGCACCUGUAUCGGCAUACCAAACAAAUAUAAGCACCGUUAACUACGUCGAGAAUCACCUGAAUCGAAAAUUCAUGUAUCCCUUAAAAAUGGGCAAAAUUUUAAAAAAAGACAAGAGAAUAAAUGCAUCUCCCUAGACACCGCAAAUGUCUAGAUUCAUGAUAGAGUUAGUAGAUAAAACAAACUGUGGGAUACGAUUGCCCGGAAUUUCAAUAAAAAGCCAAUCUUAUUUUCAAUAACUCUAGUGAAAUAGUAAUAUUAUAACUAUUGGACUAAUAUUACCUAUGAAAAAGAUACAAAACAAAAAAAAACUUGAAUAUGCAGUCGUAUCGCCAACACUAGAUCAUAAUUAAAACUAAUAAUAUAUAUUAUAUUAUUAAAAUGUAUUAAA